AACGUUAUCUCAUCGUCUUCUCCGAGGGUUAUCCACCAAACCCUAAUCCAUCUUCUUCGAUCGCCGCAAACCCUAAUUACUUCUCCCUUAUCGUUUCAAUCUUCAUCGCGCCCUUAAAAAAAUCCUAAUUUUGCUGCUUUGUUGUGAAAUAGAUUCUUUGAUUUUGUUUUUCGUUGUAGAGAUUUUGGUUUUUUUGAUUGAUCUUGGAGUUCGGAGAUCGAGAGCGUUUUGUUUGGUAAAAUAACCUGGAUUUCAUAGAGGUUGAUCGUCUGAGAACUAGAAGAUAGAGAGAUGGUCGGAAGAGGGAGCCGGAAGGAUGAUUUGCCUAAUCUCAGUAGCACCAAUGGGUUCGCGGCGCUUGAAUCUCUGAAGAAGAAGAAGAAGUCGGACAACAGCAAGAGCAAGGGGUUGUCCAAGAAUCAGGCCAAGGAACCCGAGAAGCCGGUCUUCUGGGCGCCGGCACCGAUCACAUCGAAGAAGUGGGCUGAUGUUGAGGAUGAGGAUGAUGAUGACUACUACGCCACCACAGCUCCGCUCAACGAAGGCUGGGGCUUGCCGGCUCAGCAGCAAACAAAGGAGGAUGACGUACUAGAGGAGGGUUUUGGAAUUGAUUGGUCGAGCUUGUCUUUUGAUAUGUGUGAUGAUGUUAGUGUUCUACUUGUGUUUCUUGAAUCUGUCUGCUGUGCAUGGUACUGUGUGCAACAAUGUAGUUUUCAGGGAGUUAAUUGUACAUCUUUGAAUUCACUACAGGAAACUGAAAGUGAAGAUGAUGACAUUGGCAUUGACAACGGUGAUGAUGAUGUAGAAGAUGAAGUUGAAAAUGAGCCUAAGGCUCCUGUCCCUGCAGAACCUGGUCUCAAGAAGCCUCUAUUGGCUGCAUCUGCUACAAAGGAAACCGAGAGGCAACUCUCAAAGAAGGAGCUGAAGAAAAAGGAAAACGAGGAGUUUCAUGCUAUUUUGAAUGAGCUGGGUAUUUCCAGCAUAGACAAUAAUGCCGAGCAAGGUGUCACUUCCAAGAAAACCGAUGGACAGAACGGUGAGAAUGAGAAGAAGGAUAAUGCACCAGCUGCUUCAGAGAGCAAAAUUUCGAAGAAAAAGAAGGCAAAGAAAGAUAAAUCAUCCAGGGAGGCUAAAGAUUCACAGGAACAACCAAAUGGUGGUGACACAAACACCCCUGAUGAAGUGUCGGGUACUCAACCGGCAGACAAAGACGCACCUGCGGUUGAUGUUAAGGAGAAAAUAAAGAAGGUAGGCUCAAUAAAGAAGAAGAAAUCUAGCAAAGAGAUGGAUCCCGCUGCGAAAGCUGCUGCCCAGGAGGUGGCCACAAGAAAUGCCAGGCUAGCAGCUACUUCAAAAAGAAAGGACAAGAACCAUUAUAACCAACAACCCAUUCGGUAGGCUCGACUCUAACUGCUGCUACCCUUAUCGUUUUUGGUUGAUGAGCUUUUCCUAUAUUCUCUUUGUUGCAUUUGUUUGGAACGCAAAAAUAAACAAUUGCGAUGUUCUUCCUACUCCAUUAGAGAAAUCAGGUGCUCAUCAAUUGUUGGUUUCAAGUUUCAUGUGAUGAUUUCUGUACUCUGUAGCAAACUUGUUUACAAGUCCUGAGUUUGAAUGUCAUCUUUUUCUCUCA